UUAUUCGGUCACCUUCCCCCACUCCUGAUGGGAACUAGGAGGCCAAAGUCCGCCCCAAGGUCAAAAAACUGAUUGUUUUGCAGGGAGGAGGCAGGUGUGGGGCUGCGGAGGGACUGGCAGGAAAGAGCACCUCCUUGUGCUCUGGCCUGGGCUGGGGGGGGGCCACGUCUGGAAGGCUGGACUGAGGCCAGGACUGUGCCCCGACCCUUAGGGGUGGUGAGGACCAGCCGGGGCUCAGGCUGCCUGUCUGGGAUGAUAAGGGGCCCUCCUGGGGCUCCCACAAACGGUUUAUCGCUGGGGGACAGCCUGCAGGCUUCAGGAGGGGGCGCAAGCAUGGAGCGGCUUUGGGGUCUACUCCAGAGAGUGCAACAACUGUCCCCAAUAUCCUCUCAGACCGUCUACCAGCGUGUGGAAGGCCCCCGGAAGGGGCGCCUGGAGGAGGAAGAGGAAGACAGGGAGGAGGGGGCGGAGACACUGGCCCACUUCUGCCCCAUGGAGUUGAAGGGCCCUGAGUCCCUGGGCUCUAGACCUGGGCAGCCAAACCUCAUUCCCUGGGCAGCAGCAGGACGGAGGGCUGCCCCCUACCUCGUCCUGACGGCCCUACUGAUCUUCACUGGGGCCUUCCUUCUGGGCUAUGUCGCCUUCCGAGGGUCCUGCCAGACGUGCGGGGACUCCGUGUUGGUGGUCAGUGAGGAUGUCAACUAUGAGACCGGCCUGGAUUCCCACGGGGGCACACUGUACUGGAACGAUCUCCAGGCCAUGUUCCUGCGGUUCCUGGGGGAGGGGCGCCUGGAAGACACCAUCAGGCAAACCAGCCUUCGGGAACGGGUAGCAGGCUCGGCUGGGAUGGCCGCUCUGACUCAGGACAUCCGCGUGGCGUUCUCCCGCCAGAAGCUGGAUCACGUGUGGACCGACACGCACUACGUGGGGCUGCAGUUCCCGGACCCUGCUCACCCCAACACCCUGCGCUGGGUCGAUGAGGCCGGGAAGGUCGGAGAGCAGCUGCCGCUGGAGGAUCCCGACGUCUACUGCCCCUACAGCGCCAUCGGCAACGUCACGGGAGAGCUGGUGUACGCCCACUACGGACGGCCUGAAGACCUGCAGGAGCUGCGGGCCAGGGGCGUGGACCCGGCGGGCCGCCUGCUGCUGGUGCGCGUGGGGGUGAUCAGCUUUGCCCAGAAGGUGACCAAUGCUCAGGACUUCGGGGCUCGAGGAGUGCUCAUAUACCCGGAGCCAGCGGACUUCUCCCAGGACCCACACAAGCCGAGCCUGUCCAGCCAGCAGGCUGUGUAUGGACACGUGCACCUGGGAACCGGAGACCCCUACACGCCUGGCUUCCCUUCCUUCAAUCAAACCCAGUUCCCUCCAGUCACAUCAUCAGGCCUUCCCAGCAUCCCAGCCCAGCCCAUCAGUGCAGACAUUGCCUCCCGCCUGCUGAGGAAGCUCAAAGGCCCUGUGGCCCCCCAGGAAUGGCAAGGGCGCCUCCUAGGCUCCCCUUAUCACCUGGGCCCUGGGCCAGGCAUGCGGCUAGAGGUCAACAACCACAGGACAUCCACCCCCAUCAACAACAUCUUUGGCUGCAUCGAAGGCCGCUCAGAGCCAGAUCACUACGUUGUCAUCGGAGCCCAGAGGGAUGCGUGGGGCCCAGGAGCAGCUAAGUCUGCUGUGGGGACAGCCAUACUCCUGGAGCUGGUCCAGACCUUUGCCUCCAUGGUGAACAACGGCUUCCGACCCCGCAGAAGUCUCCUCUUCAUCAGCUGGGAUGGCGGUGACUUUGGGAGUGUGGGCUCCACGGAGUGGCUAGAGGGCUACCUUAGCGUGCUGCACCUCAAAGCUGUAGUCUAUGUGAGCCUGGACAACGCAGUGCUGGGGGAUGACAAGUUUCAUGCCAAGACCAGCCCCCUUCUGACCAGCCUCAUUGAGAGUGUCCUGAAGCAGGUGGAUUCACCCAACCACAGUGGGCAGACGCUCUAUGAACAGGUGGUGUUCACCAAUCCCAUCUGGGAUGCUGAGGUGAUUCGGCCCCUACCCAUGGACAGCAGUGCCUAUUCUUUCACUGCCUUUGCUGGGGUCCCUGCUGUUGAGUUCUCCUUCAUGGAGGAGGACCAGGCCUACCCGUUCCUGCACACAAAGGAGGACACUUAUGAGAAACUGCACCAGGUGCUGCAAGGCCGCCUGCCCGCAGUGGCCCAAGCCGUGGCCCAGCUCGCAGGACAGCUCCUCAUCCGGCUCAGCCACGAUCGCCUGCUGCCCCUUGACUUCGGCCGCUACGGGGACGUCGUCCUCAGGCACAUCGGGAACCUCAACGAGUUCUCUGGGGAACUCAAGGCCCGCGGGCUGACCCUGCAGUGGGUGUACUCGGCGCGGGGGGACUACAUCCGGGCGGCGGAGAAGCUGCGGCAGGAGAUCUACAGCUCAGAGGAGAGAGACGAGCGACUGACACGCAUGUACAACGUGCGCAUCAUGCGGUCCCAGUCCUCUGGGUGCUCUCUUCCCAGUCCUGGACACACGAUGCUCAUAGAUUGGUCAGGCUGGAGGACCCGAGCGAUCAAAGUGAUGAAAUGGACAGGGAAGGCCAGCCCCUUGGCCAUAGUCGCCUGGCUUACGCCUGGCAGAACUGGGACAACCCACCUCCUCCACCCCUCCCUGCUGGCUCCCCUCCUAUAGCUCCCACUGCCUCCCCAGCCCUUCUGGAAAGAAAAAGCAUGUCCACACUGGUCCACCCUACAAGGUUACAGCCUGGGAAGUGCAAAAGGCUAAAGAUAUUCAGAGUAUAAAGAAGUGAUUUCCUUCUGGUAAUGAAAUGGGUGAAAUCUAGGAAGGCUGCCUGGAGGGGGUGUCACGUGAAAAACAAGAGCUUAUUCCCUCACCAAUCCUUUCUGCUUAGCUUUGAAAUCUUUGCAGCUGCAGCCCGCACCCCACCUCCAGUUCCAGCUCCUCUUCCUUCCAUUUUUUCACUCCAAGAACUCUACCCCUCAACCCUUUGAUCUCAGGAAAGGGUGAGUAGGGACUGUGGCCAUGGGGAAAGGUCUGCAGGGCAAAAUAGUAAACAAGAUCGUCCUCAGUGAGUGUGGGGUGAGCUGGGAACUGCAGUGCCACGUGUGCACACAGACUCAUGGUUUUCAGAGUGAGCAUGGUUAUCCCUUAGAGGCUCAUGUUCUUCCUCCUCCUUCCUUUUUCCUGCUUGCGCCCUCUGCCUGUCCUCCUUGGUAUUACUCAUUCCUUCUUUCCAUUGCCAAACCUGUUGCUCUUGCUCUUUCUCCCUCACCUAGGCUAGAGUGCAGUGGCUCCAUCUCUGCUCACU